UCCAUUUUGUCGCUUUAGAUUUAUACAGAACGUUUCGGUAGGUUAAGACAAUACAAAACAUGUCAUUGUUAUAACCAGGUAGUUUCAUUUCGGACUCAGUAGGUAGCUUGGAGACAGUGUAUAGAGGAUUAUAAAGACCUGAACAAAGAAUAUCAAAUACCACUCUGUGUGAAUUUGCCAGUAAGACAAUGAGAAUGCUGUGGUUAUUUUCUCUUCUUUGCGUCAUUUGUGUCUGUUACGGACAAACCACAUGGACAUGCAUGUCGAGCAGUGAUGCUGUCUUGGUAAAUUCAAGCUCAAAGAAAUUGGAGGAAAAAAUUCAUUCUUUAGAAGUUCAAGUAAAACAACUUCAGAGGCUUGUAAGGAAACAAGAUAGGCCGUCUUAUACAUCCAUUGAGGGCUUCCCAAGAGAUUGUUUAGAGAUAUAUAAGAAUGGGACAAGAACUGAUGGCAUCUACUCCAUCUCGCCAGAUGGCAGGUGUCCGUUCUUUGUCUAUUGUGACAUGACAAACGGGGGCUGGACGUUAAUACAGAAACGGGUGGACGAUAAAAUAAACUUUUAUCGGUCUUGGGAUGACUACGUCAGUGGAUUUGGUGAAAUUGAUGGUUCACAUUGGCUAGGUUUAGAGAACAUUCAUCGUUUGACUCGUGAUGGCAGUCAGGUUUACUUUGAAAUGGAAAACUAUGAAGGAAAAACGGAGUAUGCUCACUAUAAAGUGUUCACCGUGCACGAGGCAGCAACUGCAUAUAAAAUGAACGUCGAUGCUUUUAAUUACGAGGGAAAUAUUGAAGAACUGCUCAGUUAUCAUGACAAUAUGAAAUUUUCGACUUACGAUAGGGACAAUGAUCUUGAUUCAAGACGAAACUGUUGCGCUGAUCUGGAUGGAGGUGGUUGGUGGUAUAAAAUCUGUCAUAGACUGGGAAAUGUAAACGGUGUGUAUGGUAAAAUGACAAAAGGAGGGAUCGGUUAUUCGAAUACAAAGAUCAUUCCAAUAAAAAAUGUCGCUGUAAAGGUGAUGGACAUUCGGGGCAGAUGUUGAAAUGAGCAGAUAUUUGUUAUUUCUUACACUUAAUACAGUUAAACAUCCAGAAUGGAUUCAUAAAUCAUAGUUUACAGUAUUUUACGUUCUUCAAUUCUGAGAAUAUCUCUGUUUAAUAUAAAGAAAUUUAUUUGUUCGAAAAAUUCUUUUUCUGCUGUUUUUAUAUACAACUUAUAGUCAAUAUUUCUUUAGGUAAAACAAUUAAUAUAUUCUAUUAAAGUUGUUCAUUUAUGUAUAAAACAUUAAAAAUGUGAAUGUUAUGAUUAUAGCAAAUUGUAUUUUAAUAAAAAUUGUUUUUUUAAUGUAAAGUAAAUUUGUUUUGGUUCUU